AUGGACACACACAGAGUGAGCGAGGCCAGGACAGGCGGGGUCUGCCCAGAGGACGACGAGCAGUGUCUCAAGUUGGAGAAGGCAGCCGUGAAGAUCCAAGCAUGGUGGCGGGGCAGCGCGGUGCGCCAGACUCUGCUGCACGAGGCGCUGCGGGCCUGGGCCAUCCAGUGCUGGUGGAGGUCGGUGCAGGCCAAGAUGCUGGAGCAGCGGCGCCGCCUGGCGCUGAGGCUCUACACCUGCCAGGAGUGGGCCGUGGUGAAGGUGCAGGCCCAGGUCCGGAUGUGGCAGGCCCGCAGGCGGUUCCUGCAGGCGCGCCAGGCCGCCUGCGUUAUCCAGUCUCACUGGCGCUGGCAUGCCAGCCAGACCCGGGGCCUGAUCCGGGGCUGCUAUGAGGUCAAGGCCAGGCGGCUGGAGCUGGACAUCGAAAUCCUCUUGGCCUAG